UGAGCUGGAGGCAUUUGUUGAAGACCUGAAGAGGGACUCCACUGCUUCCAGCAAGACAGUUACACUGAAAGAUGUUGAAGAUGGAGCCUUUCUUUUGCGUCAAGUGGGAGAAGCUGUUGCCACCCUGAAAGGAGAAUUCCCAACAUUGCAGAAUAAAAUGCGUGCGAUCCUCAGGAUUGAGGUAGAAGCUGUGAGGUUCCUAAAGGAAGAACCACACAAGCUAGACAGCUUGCUGAAACGUGUGCGCAGCAUGACUGAUAUCCUUACCAUGCUCAGGAGACAUGUUACAGAAGGACUGCUGAGGGGUGUGGAUCCAUCCCAAGCUUUGCAAUACCCUGCUAUGGAAAAGGCCACUGCAGCUGACGCCCUGAAAAACCAGGAGGAGCUCAAGCAUGGCCAGGGACAUGCACAGCAAAACUUCACAGCAAUCACAUCAGAGUCCCAGGUGUCGUCAGUCAAGUCAGAAGUCGUCCCCUUCUCAACAAUGACAGUCCAUCAUGUACAGAGCUCACCUGUUGUCAUCCAUCAGUCUCAACACUCCUCAGCCCUGGUCAACCAUGCCCAGGGUUCACCCACUGCAACCAGCCACAGCGAAGGUGGGCCAGCAAGUGGCCACCUCUCAGCCACCUCGCCAGCCCCCCUGCAAGAGCCUGCAACAAGUUCCCAGCCCACACAGGCCACACCAGCACCACAGGUCUCUGUCAAUGGCGCCACCAUGCAAAGUCUUUUCAUUGAGGAAAUUCACAGUGCAAGUACCAGAAACCGAGCUGUAUCAAUUGAGAAAGCUGAAAAGAAAUGGGAAGAGAAAAGACAAAACCUUGAUCACUAUAAUGGAAAGGAAUUUGAAAAGCUCUUGGAAGAGGCCCAGGCCAAUAUAAUGAAGUCAAUUCCUAACCUGGAGAUGCCUCCCCAGCCAGCAGCCCUGCCAAAAGGGGAUGCAGUGGAAAAGCUAGAAGUUUCAGAAGAAGUUCCUGAUGGAGAACAGGAUAAUGACAAACUGACCAAGUCUCCACCUCCUCCACCUCCGCGGCGCAGUUACCUGCCAGGUUCAGGACUAACCACAACGAGAUCAGGAGAUGUCAUCUAUGCAACCAGAAAAGAGGCUGCAGUUGUCAAGGAAAGCAGUGAAGAUGCUGGGCAAGUAGCACAACCCAAAGCCCCUAAAGAGGAUCAGGCAUUGUCUCAGAGCACAGGGCAUGCUAUAGCAUCAGUGGCAAAAGAUGAAGAGGAAGAAGAAGGAGAUAAAAUAAUGGCAGAAUUACAGGCUUUCCAGAAGUGCUCUUUUAUGGAUGUAAACUCAAACAGUCAUGCUGAACAGUCCAGAAAUGAUACACAUGUUAAAGACAUAAGGCCUGGGACUUUAAUGCAUCACAAGGAAAAGAAGAAUUUGUAAUUUUGCCCUGAAGAAAGACAGGAAUCAGAUGCCAACUUCAGCCAUGCCUCUGCAGCAGUAAAUGGAGUGGUGUAUGGGGCUACAACAGGAUCUCCCACAGAUAGUGACCAUCCUAAAGAGAAGAGGGAAGGGAAAACUGAAGAAGAAUUGGGUUCUGAUUCAUCCAGCACAGCUGACAGUAAAAUUGGCUUUUCAAUGAAUGACAGUCCUACAUUUAGCAAGGGUUUGUUUGUAGACAGUAGAGACUAUUCUAAGAAAAACCUCCAGAAUACAAGCGCUAACCUGUCUGGUGUCAGUUUGCCAGAGGAUGACAAACGAAGAGGGGCUCAAGAUAUUUCAGGAUCCCAUUUUCCAGCUGUUGAAACUGGGAAACAAAAGUCAAAGUAUGGACUUUUACAAGAUGCUCGCCAGGGUCUGCCACAGGGUGAAGUCUUGCAGGCCAUGGGCAAGCAUAUCCCCAUCAGCAGUGUUGCCCCUCUCAUGAGGCACACACAGGAGGCUACGGAGCCUCAACCUUCCUUGCAGGAGCAAGAAGCUUCUGCAGUUAACUACAAUCAGGUUGUGCUAAGACCCAAAGUGGCCAGAAGUAACAGUGUGAACAGCCUUGAAGAGACAGACUCUCCAGCUAGCUCUCCGAGUGAAGACAACCCACCCACAGAAAACAUCGCCUUCAUGAUUACCAAAACAGCUGUCCAGGUCCUCUCAAGUGGGGAAGUUCAUGAUAUAGUCAGCCGGAAAGGCGGAGAUGUGCAAACAGUGAACAUCGAUGUGAGGAAGGACAUGGCGUUGGAGAAGGGCAUCCCAGAAAACACAGACAGUGAAGAGCCAGUGGUGUGUCUGGACAAAAAACCCGUCAUCAUAAUUUUUGAUGAACCAAUGGAUAUUAGGUCAGCGUAUAAACGACUUUCUACAAUUUUUGAGGAGUGUGACGAGGAGUUGGAGAAAAUGAUGACAGAGGAAAAGAUAGAAGAGGAAGAGGAGGAGGAAGAAAAUGAAGUACAUGAAAUCUCUGAGAGCCAGAAGAAAGAGCUACCAGUAGUUAAUGACAGAAAAGCAAUCGCAGAGUAUUCAACAGAGACUCACAGUCUCAACAAGCAGUACAUAUUUAACCUUCACUCUUCCUCUGACCCUGUAGAAACCAGACCUCCUGCAGAGGAAGAAAGCACAAAGACAAAUUUUAACAAAUACCGCCAGAUCUAUGGGCUAAACACAGAAGCAAACUUGGACUCUGCUGAUCAGUUUGGAAGCAGGCAGGAUUCUAAGAAAAAAUUUAAGUUCAAAUUCCCCAAAAAGCAGCUGGCUGCUCUGACGCAGGCGAUACGGACAGGAACCAAGACCGGGAAGAAGACUUUGCAGGUUGUGGUCUAUGAAGAAGAGGAGGAAGAUGGAACCCUGAAGCAGCAUAAGGAAGCAAAGAGAUUUGAAAUCACCAGGUCCCAGCUAGAGGACAGUGACAGAAGUCCUUCUGGGAAGCAAGAGGGAUCCCCUGGAGCUGCAGUGUCCCUGUCUAGGACUGACGAAAUUCGGCAGAGUACAUACCGAACGCUAGACAGCCUUGAGCAGACUAUAAAGCAGCUGGAAAACACCAUCAGUGAAAUGAGUCCAAAAUCUAUCCCUGAAAGCACAUACAGCUCUGAGGGAAGCACUGUCCCCUUCUCUGCCCAGAUAGUACCAGAGACCCCACCCCGAGAGCUUGUAGUGCUGGAUGAGAGCCUUGCUGGCAUAGAGCCCCCUCCGGCAAUCCCAGCCACUUCACGUAAGGGCUCCAGCGCUGCCUCCCAGACAAGCCGGAUGCCGGUCCCCAUGGCUUCAAAAACUAGACAAGGAAGCACGGAGAAAGCAGGCAAACAGCACAAGCUGCAGGAUCCACGCCAAUACAGACAGGCUAAUGGAAGUGCUAAGAAAGCUGGUGGGGACUAUAAGGCUACUUCCCCUACCCUACCUGCUUCUAAGAUCCCAGCCUUUUCUCCCACUUCUGGGAAAAGCAGCUCAGCACCUGCUUCUAGCAGUGACAGCUCUAACCCUCUUAAUCCACCCACUAAAACCUCUAUUCCUUCCUCUAACCUUCUCGGUCCUCAGGCAGGUCGCAUAACUUACUCUACCUCCCUCAUCCCCUCUGUCUCUAAUGGCUCCUCCAAGUUUCAGAGCCCCACUUACCCAGGGAAAGGUCACCAUCUCUCCUUCUCACUACAGACUCAAAAUGGCCGGCCACCCCCUCCUUCCUCCUCUACCUCCCCCCCCUCCUCUACCUCUCCCACUUCACUGAACCAAGGUAUGAAGAGCAUCAGGACAAUCCACACACCUAGCUUCACCAGCUACAAGGCACAGAACGGAAAUGCCGGCAAGUCCACCCCAUCCACGGCCAAGGAGCCAUCCUAA